AUGACAAAUGCCCCCAGGCUUAACGAACGUAUUCUCAGUUUCUUCGUUCAGCAUUACGUCAGAAAUGGAGAACCGAUCUUUGAGAGAGUGGUGAACACCACUCUGGUCCGGAUCAUUGUAAGUUUUGAUGGGGUUUUAAAAUUUUUUUGGUUGACGAGGAAGUUGAAUAAGGGGUCAUUUGACAUGAAAUAACAUAUAAAAUACGAUUCUGAAUUGUCUAUUCAAAUCAAAAAAGUCAAAAAUGCGUACGCCACUUGAGAUUCCAAGGACGUCUCCGAUCCAAGUACUAAUCAAGCGCACCGUUGCUUAACUUGCCAGAUCGGACGGGAUGGCGUGCUUUCAACGGGCUAUGGGCGUACACACUCCCUUCCCUUUCCACUUUUGGCUUGAUUCGUGGAAAUGGGAAACAAAGACAAAGAAAUGAGUAAUUUCUUUGGAUUUGGGGCAAAAUUAACCAAAUAGGUGUGAAUUUACAUGGUGGUGGACAGUAGUGUAAUUGUAAAAAAAAUAUGUACGAUCAAAAACAUCCACAAAUCAGACUUUUUUUCAAAAAUCUAUCAAUAUUACUCAACGGACCUCCAGUCGCAAAAAAUUCACAAUUUUGCUUCCAGGAGGUAAUAAAAAUCCCGCAAAAUAGGGAAUGGAGGUAUUUUGCGGAAUUUUUAUUCGCUCUUGGAAACAAAAUUGUAUAUUUUUUCGCGAUUUUUCACUUUUGAUCAUCAUUCAAAUUAUUUUAAAUUCAAUUUCCUACAUCGUCAAUUCAUAAAUUGUAAUUUUUUCACCAAAACUUUUAUUUUUCCAUCAAAACGCUCGUCUAAAAUAAUAUAAAAAUUCCCCAAAUCUCCCUUGAAACCCCAUUCAAUCGCCCUCAAAUUGCAGUUCCUCCAUCGUCGCUACAUAAAAUGCCUCCCUUUCCUGCAGAAUUCCAAAAAAUCUCAAGUUGAAUUAGUAAUUCGCGGCUCCGAAUUGCUUUGCGCUCUGUUCAACGAAUGGAGGACAGCGAAUGAGAAUGGAAAACUACUAAUAAUGAUGAUAAAUCGACUCUAUGAGCAUGUGCGAGACCUGCGCUACAAAAUUUUCGUCAGCCAUGCGGUUCGGCCGAGGAUGAAAUUGGUCUAUCAAGUGGGGAGAGCGCUCAAAAGUAGGUCGAAUUUGGGAUUUUUUGUUGAAUUUUAGGGCUCAAUUUGUAGUAGCAGUCUGUCGCGAAAAUAAUGAGCACUCUGUCGCACCGACAAUCGCAUCGCAAGUCAAAAAACUAUUUGAUUUUCUCCGCGACAUAAUUCAUUUUCUCGGCGGCGAUCACGAUUUCGCUGCGACAGAGAGCUCAUUAUUUUCCCGACAGACUGAUAUUUGGAAGACCAAAAAUUUGUCUAUCUUCCUCAUAAAUCAAUCCUUGAAAAUCUUAGGUCGAGGCUUGCAGACUGAGCCGAAGUAUUCAACGGUCUUUGCAGACAAGAGAUUAUGGAAAAUGAGGAAGGCAGGCCAGAGAAAAAUUGGUUUCUUCUAUAGCAUUCUCUCCUCACUUCCCAUAGUCUCUUGUUGCAAAGAUGGUUGAAUAGUUCGGCUCCGUCUGCAAAACGCGGGCUAAAAUUUUUGAAAAUUGGCAAGAACAUCCCCUAAGUCACAUACAGUGAUCCAUUGGCAAAAACGUACCAUUUUGCAUCCGGGAGGUAUCAAAAAAUGUAUCAAAAUGCCUCCCUCUCCAAGUGAAAAAACUCGGAUUUCAAAAGCGCGCUUGUGAGGGAGCCUUUAAAACGGAGUUGUCUUUAAUUGGAGAGGGAGGCAUUUUGCUACAUUUUUUGAGGCUUCCCGGAUGCAAAAGGUACGUUUUUGCCAGGUUCGUCACUUCAAUUGGACGUUGAGGCCAAACUUUUUUCAGCUCAAAGCCAGCGAUGUUUCGGCGAUUUCAGUCGAAAUUCCGGGGAAUUUGCACAGUGUAAGCGGCUUUCCUUGAGGUUUUUUUCACUGUCGGAAGACCCGAAAAUGCACUGUGCGUUAGUGAAAAGCGAAGGAAAAAGUUUCGAAUUGCGAAUUUUUCAUCUGCUUUUUCUGCUUUUAAAGCUGAUUGAUUACCCUAACAGUCAUCUCCUUUCAAAGUAUACAUUCAAUAACUUGUUGAUAAAACAAUUUUCCCGAUCCAGACAAGGAAAAACAACCUUUAAAAAUCGAAGAGAACGAAGAUAUCGGCGUUCUUCACUCAUCAAUUUAUCGUAAAAAAUGAAGUUCAAAGUAUUCGGUUUAAUUUUAGAAACCGAAAAAGUCCGUAUUUGCCUGACAACAAAUGGUGACAAGCGACAAAAGUGAUUCCAAAUUCUUCGCAUCGAUUUUACAAGGGAAGCCUUUGAAGUUCGACGGUCAGAUUUUGAUGAAACUAGGCACAAAUUCAGAAUAUUUUUUCUAAAAUAAUAUAUGCGAGACUCCUAGCUCGCGCUUUGCAGAAACUCCCGAGAUUUUUAGAUGGAAAUUGGACAAAAAAGUGGCUGUUUUUUUAACGAAUUUUGACACAAAAAGUUAUAUUCUACCGUAGAAGCUAAUGUCUCCACGAAAAAAAAUCAAUUUUCAUACAUCAAUUCCUGAAAGUUUCAGCUCACACUAUGCAGGAACAGCCGAGAUAUUCAGCGAUUUUUGCGGCCGAGAGAGUAGGCGAAAUGCGGAGAGCGGUCAGAGAAAAAAUAUUUUUUUGGCCGUACCUUUGCCAUUAUCAUGCGAAAAAAAAAAUUUUUUUUUGUCGAAACUACACUCUACGGUAGAUAGAGCUUUAGUGACGGAUCUGAUCCAAUGGCAAAAAACGUACCAUUUUGCAUCCGGGAGGUAUCAAAAAAUGUGACAAAAUGCCUCCCUCUCCAAGUGAAAAAACUCCGUUUUGAAGAGCGAGUUUUUGAAAAGAGAGGGAGGUAUUUUGCUACAUUUUUUAUACUUCCUGGAUACAAAAUGGUACGUUUUUUGCUACUGGAUCAGGUCCGCCACUCUAUGAAGCUUUUUUUAAUUUGAAAAACGGUACUUUUCGGUCCAGUUUAGAUCUAAAAAUCUCAGUCGUUUCUGCAAAGCGCGAGCUAGGAGCCACCGCAUAAGCCUUUAAAAAAGUCAUUCUAAAUUUGUAUCAAGUCUCAUCAAAAUCUGAGCGUCGAACUUCAAAGCGUUCCCUUGUAAAAUCGAUGCGAAAAAUUUGGAAUCACUUUUGUCGCUUGUCACCAUUUGUGGUCAGACAAAUACGGACUCUUUCGGUUUCUAAAAUUAAACCGAAUACUUUGAACUUCAUUUUUUACGAUAAAUUGAUGAGUGAAGAACGCCGAUAUCAUGGUUCUCUUCGAUUUUUAAAGGUUGUUUUUCCUUGUCUGGAUCGGGAAAAUUGUUUUAUCAACAAGUGAUUGCCUGUAUACUUUGAAAGGAGAUGACUGUUAGGGUAAUAAAUCAGCUUUAAAAAUAGAAAAAGCAGAUGAAAAAUUCGCAUUUCGAAACUUUUUUCUUCGCUUGUCACUAACGCACAGUGCAUUUUCUUGUCUUCGGACAGUGAAAACCUCAAGAAAAGCCGUUUACACUGCACAAAUUCCCCGGAAUUUCGACUGAAAUCGCCGAAACAUCGCUGGCUUUGAGCUGAAAAAGGUUUGGCCUCAACGUCUAAUUGAAGCGACGAACCUGGCAAAAACGUACCUUUUGCAUCCGGGAAGCCCCAAAAAAUGUGGCAAAAUGCCUCCCUCUCCAAGUGAAAAAACUUCGUUUUGAAGGGCCCUCACAAAAAAAAGCGAGCGCACUUUUGAAAUCGGAGUUUUUUCACUUGGAGAGGGAGACAUUUUGCUACAUUUUUUGAUACUUCCCGGAUGAAAAAUUAUACGUUUCUUGCCACUGGAUCAGGUCCGUCACUGUAUUUGUCUGUCGGGAAAAUAAUCAAUGUCGCUGCGCGAUCGGCGCUGCGACAUUGUGCUUAUUAUUUUCCCGACAGACUGAUACUUUGAGAACUUUGAACAUUAGUCUGUCGGGAAAAUAAUGUGGAUUCGUCGCGCUUGGAAUCGCCCAUUAUCGCUUUGCGACGGCUAGCCAUGGCUUGGGAUUUUGUGGGAGAAUGCGACUGAGACACACAUUAUUUUCCCGACAGACUGAUGGAUAAAAUUUGGAAGUUUUGCAAAUUCAACAAAUCAAAAAAUCCAUUCUUUUCAGAUACAAAUCGCGACUGUGAAAUCCUCAAUUACACGAACAGAACAUGCGACAAGGUCUUGCUCGACUUGCUCAGUCCAAAUAUGACAACAGUCUCAGCUACCGGUCUAAACGUCCCGCCAUUCAUUCAUUACGAAGAUGACAAGACCUUCGAAAAAGUCCAAGUAUUUUCGUACGUCCCAACCACGUUCGCACUACGAAAUCCAUGUAGGUUUUGGAAAAUAGACGAUUUCCGAAUACGCAAUGAAGAUCAAUAAAAAAAUAGACGGUUUAUUGUAGGAUAUAUAAUAGUAGAAAAUCUGUAACGCAUACAGCAAUAGCCGCCUAUAACGAACAACUUCAGAGGUCCAAAGGUCGAAAAACUAAAAAAAAUUUCAUAGGAGCUACCACAAGUGAGACGCGCAGAUUUUCUUUAAAUUUUUCGCACAUGUUGGGCAUAGGCUACAUACGAAUUCCCGAAAGUUUUAGCUCGAGCUUUGCGGGCAAAGCAGAGAUAUUCAACGAUUUUUGCGGCGCGAGAGAGUACGCGAAAUGCGGAGAGCGGUCAGAGAAAAACUAUUUUUUUGCCGUAUCUUUGCCCUCCAACUAAAAAAACUUCGUUUGAACUGCGCGCGCUUUCCCUCACAAAAAGAGUAGACGCGCCUUUGAAAACGGAGUUUUUUUUUUAAAUAGUUGGAGAGGGAGGUAUUUUGCCACAUUUUUGAUACUUCCUGGAUGCGAAACGGUAUGUUUUUCGCCCAUGGACCAGGUCCGCCGCUGUACUUCCCUUGUAAAACACUUCCCAAAAUGAGCCUCUAUACAAUACUCUUCUAUAAAAAUACUUGUUGACCCUUGCAAAUUGUGAUACAUCACACAGUUUUUUCACUUUCAAAAAGCUUUCAUUUUCAGAUUUAGGCCCAUUUUUCGCCAUCCCCGCCAAAAACAUGGAGCUUCCGCAGGCCGGCCUCAACGUUCUCUACGAGUACUUGCCGCUCCCGGAAAUGCCGCUUCUAGAGACGUUGACAGUUGGCUUCAAGUGCAUCGAGACCUCACCUCCACCGAGUACAAAACUAUACACUCAAAUUAUGGAGGGGCUAAAGGUAGCCGCCCCAAACUUGAAAGAUUUGGCGCUGAGAUAUCGGCUACUUAUCGAUUCUAGAGUAAGUUAGAAAAAUUGUUAUAACAGAGUUACCUCAAGCGGGACUUUCAUCAAAAUUUUUAAAAUACGCACACAGUAACUAAUAUAUACCAUAUUAUUCAGAAAAUUUCCAAGCAUUUGCAACAAUUGGAACUGGUCAUGUCGAAAGUCAAAUACCUGGCGGAAGGAAUUCAAUUGUCGAAAAUCAACUCCUCCGGAAUCGUAAUGGACUUUGAAUUCAGCACUGUGAUCGAGGUAAGUUUGAUUUUAAAAUAGGAUUUUAACUACAUUCACCGAGAGAAAGACUUGACCCAACUUUGAGUCAAGUGUUUUCCUCGCAGAAAAAAGGUGUAAAAAAGUUUAAAAACCCUGAAUUUGUUGUUUAUGUAAAUUUUAGGUAGAAUUUUAGCUAUUUUCAGCAAGAGAAAGACUUGACCCAACUUUGAGUCAAGUCUUUUCCUCGCAGAAAAAAGGUGUAAAAAAGUUUAAAAACCCUGAAUUUGUUGUUUGCGUAACUUUUAAGCUAGAAUUUUAGCUAUUUUCAGCAAGAGAAAGACUUGACCCAACUUUGAGUCAAGUCUUUUCCUCGCAGAAAAGCGGUGUCAUAAAAGUGAAAAAAAAUCCUGAAUUUUCCUUUUAUGUCAAUUUUAAACUAGGAUUUUUACGUAUUUUCAUCAAGAGAAAGACUUGACCCAACUUUGAGUCAAGUCUUUUCCUCGCAGAAAAAACGGUGUCAAAAAGUUUAAAAAUCCUAAUUUUUUUUCUACUGAAAAAAAACUCGACCUUUGCAGAACCACACCUUCGACCAUUGCAAGUCCGAAUUUCAACGUAUUUUGCAAACCGAUCGCUUUGAUUGGCUGAACAAUGACGACGACUUUGAAGAAGGUCUGGAACGCCGAACCUUCGAAGCAACAGUCUUCAUGUACGAAGUCCCAGUGAAAGUUACAAUCCUAGUGGCGCAAUCUCAAUGGCUGGACCCAAAUAUGGAUUUGUUGGAGAAAAUCUGCGAACCCAUUUGA